AUGAUAUCAUACGUGGAUGAUGUCACCUUCUUCUGCCAGCACCAUCACAUUGAUCAGGCCGCGCAGGUCCUCUCGGAGUCUAUGCCUGAUGUCGUGGACUUCUACAUUCAUCACGGGUUGACCAAGUCGGCAGCCAAGUCGUACGUCACUGUUUUUACGCUGGACCCGAUAGAGUUUAAUCGCCACCCGGCUAUCAUCGUCAACGGUGAAUCCGCUCUUCACGAUCGCAAACCAUGA